AGCAGAUUUUGAAGGGGAGCUCACCAGCAGCAGUCUCCUCUCAUUGUCUCAAUGGCUGCACACGCAUUCCUCUUCUCUGCCUUGCUGUCUGCCCUCAGCCAGCCCACCCUGUCCUUAGAUCAAGUGCCUGCACUCCUGGAGAGAAGCACAGAAGAGGACUAUGUUACCGAGGUUCCAUACCCAGCUGGGAGGAUCAGAGCGGGUGGUCUUGAUGGAAUGAGCUUGGAGACUCAGGGUUAUAUGCCCACUAAAGAAACCCCACUCAGAAGAUUACUGAAGCUGAAUGGCUGGCACCUCCUCAACCAGCAUGGCCAUGGCAAGGGCAAGAGAAAGCUGCUCCAGUCCCCCAUCCACGGGCCCUACUCUCCCCUGAGCGUGUCCUACAAUGGCAAGACCUGCAUCCUUUUCAGGGCCAAGCGCCUGGCCAUCCGCUACCAGAACCACACAUUCGUAGACCUGACGGAGAGGACCUUUGGACCCAACGCCCCUGUGGACACCAAGGGUUCCAUCUGCACCAAGGAGAAGGCUACGCUCUCGCUAAAGUUUGGAGAUGUGGAGGAUCUCAGGGGACUUGUUAUCAGGCUGCAGAUGUCCAACAUUUUCUACGAGUCAGCAGGGCAGAACUGGUUCACCUUAGACAGCGUCCACAUCCACUACAAUUGGACCCAUGAAGCUACGUUCAACGCCAGUGAGGUGUACUCCCCCGCCACCUCCUCCUACCACUGCCAGCAUGUCAGCAGUCAGCACAAAUAUGACACCCUUCUGGUGCCCAGCUCACACACCGACACCUCAGCUAACUGGCACAUCACGUUUACUGACUUCCAGAUCCAGGCUUUCAACGUCAUGUCUGAUAAGUUUGCGUCUGCCAGCGACUGUGCCAACUUCCUGACCCCAGCCAUCCUGAUGGGCCUGGUGACCUCUCUGAUCCUGCUGUUGGUCCUGGCCUACGCUCUGCACAUGGUGGUCCACCUCAAACACAUUGACCGCUACGAGGAACAGAAAGCUAUGGUGUACUUCCCACGCAGGCUGAGCAAAGCUCUAGAAUGCAGAGCCUCGCAGCAGUGCGAGUUACCUGACAAGAACUGCCUGUGAGAGAUGGAGGAAGAAAGAGUGAGAAGAUGAAGAGGGGGGAUGCUGCCAAAUGCAAGAGUGAGAAGAUGAAGAGGGGGGAUGCUGCCAAAUGCAAGAGUGAGAAGAUGAAGAGGGGGGAUGCUGCCAAAUGCAAGAGUGAGAAGAUGAAGAGGGGGAUGUUGCCAAAUGCAAGAGUGAGAAGAUAAAGAGGGGGGAUGUUGCCAAAUGCAAGAGUGAGAAGAUGAAGAGGGGGGAUGCUGCCAAAUGCAAGAGUGAGAAGUUAAAGAGGGGGGAUGCUGCCAAAUGCAAGAGUGAGAAGAUGAAGAGGGGGGAUGUUGCCAAAUGCAAGAGUGAGAAAGUAUCACCCACACAGUUUUCCACGCUUCCAAAUGUUUGUUUACUAGUGACAACUAUUUUGACCUGUUGGCUUUUGUAAUUUCUCCAUAUGUAAGAUCAACACAUUUGACAUGUUAUCACUUCUAAGCUGUCACAUUUUUUUGGAGCAUUAAAACAGUUUUUUACCAUACUUAAUAUUUGUUAUUGAUCUGAACACACAUUAAUAUCCUACGUAAAGAUUAUUGGAUGUUAAACCCUCUUGACGGUGGGGUUAGAGGUCAGGAAGAGACCAGGGGCCCAGGAUGGUCACAGUGUCCCCAGGCUUUCACUUGAGCACCUGAUUCAACAGUUAACGACUGCAGCUAACCCUGCCAUUGUCCAAGCCUGCUAAGCGGCCUUCACUAUUUGGCAUAACUAGACUUUGGUGUGUUGAGUCCCCACUCUCCAUCGCUAGCCUUGACACAUUGACAAAUUCACUAGCUCAUCUUCUAUACGAGCACGAGGAAUCUUUUUAAGUUGAAUUAAGGGUUAAGAUAGUGCUUGAGCUGGAAACUUGUUGGAAUAACUGGAGGGUAUCUCAUGAAUUCUAAAGGACUUUGGUGGGUCAUGGAACAAAACCAUUUGGGAACCACUGGUCUGGCACCUGGCUGGAGUGAACUGAAUUGGUCACUGUGGACCACUGAACCUCUGGGGCGUAGACUUUUGGGACUUACUGUGAAACGGCCUUGAACGGACCAGCAGCCAGUUAGCCUUGCAGGCACUAAUGGCUAACUUUCAACACUAAAGACAAAACACUGCACAAGACUGCCCUUCUGAAGUGAAGCUAAAAGAUUUGCCAUUACACAUGGUGAAGGACAGACUGUGAAAAUGUGAAGAUGAGAAGUACAGUUACAAUGUAUAAAACAAACAAAAAAACACUCAAAUGUACAGAUGUAUCUCUCAGCUGUCUUUUUUUGAACAGUUUAAUCAAUAAAUUAUAUUAUGUACAGGAAGGCUAUUCUACUCCUCAUACUCACAAAGAUAUACACAGUUCUGGUUUGCGAUCACGACACGCAGGUUAAAAUAUCCAAACAAACUCUGAACCAAUUACAUUAAUUUGGAGACAGGUCGAAAAGCAUUAAACAUGUAUGGCAAUUUAGCUAGUUAGCUUGCACUUGCUAGCUAAUUUGUCCUAUUUAGAUAGCUUGCUGUUGCUAGCUAAUUUGUCCUGGGAUAUAAACAUUGAGUUGUUAUUUUACCUGAACUGCACAAGGUCCUCUACUCUGACAAAUUAAUCCACACAUAAAAAAGUCAACUGAAUCGUUUCUAGUCAUCUCUCCACCUUCCACGCUUUUUCAUUGUUGAACUUAUAUGGUGAACGCAAAUAAACUAUCAAUGUAUUACCACGACAACCGGCCACGAAAUUUGUCUUUAAAUCACCAACGUGGGUAUAACCAAUGAGGAGAUGGCACGUGGGUACCUACUUCUAUAAACCAAUGAGGAGAUGGGAGACGGAGGACUUUCAGCGCGAUCUGCGUCAGAAAUAGGAACGACUUCUA